AGCUCCAAGAUGGCGGCAGUGGCGACCUGAGGCACCGGCGUUGGGAGAACUGGAUCUAUGGUGAUGGCAGGCAGCAAGAACAACGUCACCAGUUUCCAGAGGAGGGGUCCUAGAGCCAGUGGUUCCGACAGCAGCUAUUCUCGACUGGUUUCCAUCGCAGGCACAAGACCGUCGGUACGGAAUGGACAGCUGCUGGUGUCAACUGGGCUCCCAGCCCUGGACCAGCUCUUAGGUGGAGGUUUGGCCGUCGGAACAGUUCUUCUAAUUGAAGAGGAUAAAUAUAAUAUUUAUUCUUCUUUGCUCUUCAAGUAUUUCCUGGCAGAAGGAAUCGUCAAUGGGCAUACUUUGUUGGUUGCAUCAGCAAAAGAAGAUCCUGCUGAUAUUUUACAGGAACUUCCUGCACCAUUACUUGAUGAUAAUGGUAAAAAAGAUUUUGAUGAAGAUGUAUGUAAUCAUAAAACAUCAGAAUCUAACAUUAAGAUGAAAAUAGCUUGGCGUUACCAGUUAUUACCCAAGAUGGAGCAGGCUGGACCAGUAUCAUCUUCAAGAUUUGGUCACUAUUAUGAUGUAUCAAAAAAGAUGCCACAGAAACUAAUUGAGGCUUCAAAAGUGCAUGGAUUUUUUUUCCCAGAAAAAUCAUCUUCAACUCCUAAUAUAGAACCAUGUUCUUUGACCCAUGGCUACAUAAAGUUGCUUCAGUUUAUCCAGAACAUCAUAUAUGAGGAAGGAUUUGAUGGAUCCAAUCCCCAGAAAAAGCAGAAAAACAUUUUAAGAAUAGGAAUCCAGAAUCUUGGUUCACCUUUGUGGGGAGAUGACAUUUGCUGUACGGAAAACUGCGACAACAGCCACAGCCUUACAAAGUUCUUGUAUGUCCUCCGAGGUCUUCUGCGAACCUCUCUUUCAGCCUGUAUCAUCACAAUGCCAACACAUCUCAUCCAGAAUAAAGCAAUUAUUGCUCGUGUUACAAACUUGUCAGAUACCGUAGUUGGUCUGGAAUCAUUUAUUGGUUCUGAGAGAGAAACCAACCCUUUAUAUAAGGAUUAUCAUGGUCUGAUUCAUAUUCGGCAAAUUCCUCGGCUUAAUAACUUGAUUUAUGAUGUAUCUGAUGUCAAAGACUUAGCUUUUAAAUUAAAAAGGAAGCUAUUCACCAUUGAGCGACUGCAUUUGCCUCCAGACUUGUCAGACACGGUGAGCCGCUCGAGCAAACAGGAUCUGGCAGAACCCUCCAAGCUGCUGGGCCCAGGCUGUGGCGCGAUGGCCGGAGGCAAGAAGCACCUGGACUUCUAGGGCUCCUCCUUAGUAGCUGCGCGCAGGAUUGUAUGACGCUCUCAUUAUGACUGCUAAUAGCUUAUGUAAAUAUUUUUCUUAACGACUUGACCCUCCAAUCCUUGAAAAACAGUUAGCAUUGCAAAAUGAGGCACCAACUUUUUCUACAGAAGGAGUGGAGCAAAAAUACUUUCAUUUGAACAUUUUGUUUUAUGCUCUAUCUACAGAAAACAGAUGACCUUAAUUUUCAAUAAAACAUCAAAAACUCAAAAGUGCCUCACAGUGGUCAUUAGUGUACAUAUUUUAAGGCACUUAGUUCAUGGUGAAGUGCACAUGACAGCAGGUAGCAUGUAAAACAGUAUGAGAUUAGUAAUUGCAUAUGAAAAACAUUUUCUCUUUAUUUCUGAAGAAGUCACUUGC